GGGCAUAGCCAAGGGCCGUCUACCGUUGGACUUAUACCGAAAUAGAUUUCUGAAUCCUCCGUUUGCAUCACUAGCCUGGUGGAAGCUCAUUUGGAAGGGCACGCUUGCCACAAUGGCAGAGCAGUACUCUCCACUACCGCCGCCGCCGGCGACCAGGACGCUGCAGGCGGCAGAUGGACCAUUGGUGUGGAUCGAUUGCGAGAUGACCGGCCUGCUGGAGACGGACCGCAUCAUUGAGAUCGCCUGCAUCGUCACCGAUGGGCAGCUCAACCCGCUCGACGACGGCGUGGCCUAUGCUAUCCGCACGCCCAAGGAGGUACUAGAUCAGAUGAGCGAGUGGUGCGUCAAGGUCCACGGCAAGUCCGGGCUGACGGCAAAUUGUCUGGACGGAACUAUCUCUCGAGACCAUGCUGACGUUCGGGCUGGAAUUCUGGCUUAUGUCAGAGAGAGGAUACCGGAGAAGAGGGUCGCCUGUCUUGCAGGCAGCACAGUGCACGCUGAUGCUGUCUUCCUCAAGAGGGAGACACCAGAGCUCAUAGAUCACCUUCACUACCGCAUUGUCGACGUCUCAUCCAUCAAAGAGCUCGUUGGUAGAUGGUACGGGCCUGAGCUUAAAUGGGGCUCGGGCAAGGGACUUCACAGAGCACUGGACGAUAUCAGGGGCAGUAUUGACGAGCUCAAAUUUUACAGGCAGCACGUCUUUCUGGGGCCAGAGGAAUGUCUCAAACGGCGGCAAGAGGGCACAACAGAUGGAUGAGGGGCGAGAAAGAUCACGUCACAAGGUCGAUAAAUG